AUGUCCCGAGCCACGAGAGUGGCGUCGUCGGCAACGCGGAGAGCUACAAGGAGCAGUACUGCCACAAGAGCAGGAGACGCAGGAGUCAAGAAGCAGCAACCCGAAGAAGCCGAGAUCAAACAAGAACAGAAUACUCCCGAGAAACCCUCGCGCGCACCACCGCCUAAGCGGGCUCUCUCAGCGAUCGAGAAAGACACACCAAAAAGGAAGAGGGUCAAGAAGGAAGAAGAAGACACGCCACCUUUGCAAUCGGUCUCGCCUUCCAAGAAAUCUCCCUCCUCGACGAGAAGCACACCAUCCACCCUAAAAGACAAGAAGCUCAAGUCCUACGCUCAAUUCGCAAAUGCAUCCCCCUUUCCGGAAUUUCACCAUCCCACAGCCGAAGAAUGUAAGCUCGCGCAUCGCAUCCUGUCCACUCUACACGGCCCCCGAACCCGCCCUGCCCAGUUGAUCGCAUCUGCCGACCGAGCAGGUUGCGGCGACUCCCCCUCCGUGCUCGAUGCUCUUGUCCGGACGAUCCUCUCCCAGAACACCGGCGACGUGAACUCCACCCGCGCCAAGAAAAGCAUGGACAAAAUAUACGGCCGCAGCGACAAAUGGGACGCUAUUGUCGCGGGUGGCCAGGCCAAACUCCAAGACGCGAUAAAAUGUGGCGGGCUGAGUGCGGUGAAGAGUAAAGUCAUCCUCAGCAUUUUGAAUCAAGUGCAUGAGAAAUACGGCCUGUAUUCGCUCGAUCACUUACACGAAGCGAGCAGCGAGGAUGCAAUGGCUGAGAUGCUGAGCUUCCAAGGCGUGGGCCCGAAGACGGCCUCCUGUGUGCUGCUCUUCUGUCUGCAGCGGGAGAGUUUUGCCGUGGAUACCCAUGUCUGGCGGAUCACUGGGUUGCUUGGGUGGAGGCCGAAGACCGCCACGAGGGACGAGACGCAUGCGCAUUUGGAUGUCAUGAUCCCUGAUGAGGACAAGUAUGGCUUGCAUAUCUUGUUGGUUACGCACGGGAAGAAGUGCGACGAGUGUAAGGCUGGCGGGAAGAAUCUGGGAAAGUGUGAGCUGAGAAAGGCCUUUAGGCAGAAGAAGAUGGAAGGGGAAGCCGGAGAGGAUGUGAAGCAGGAAGAGGUCGAGCUGGUAAAGCAGGAGGAUGCAUAA